AUGUGGACGUCGGUUGCGUUGGUCAGGAACACGUUCAUAUAUGCUCUCGUUCAACAUUCACCUGCCAUCUAUCGAAUCGACCUUCGCUACAAAUUAACAAUUGCCGAGAGGAUAGGAACAGGAUCAUGUGAUCCGGUGCACGUGCAUUACGUGGAGUGGAUGGAUCAGUUGUGGGUGCAGUGCCAUCAUGAUAACGAUGCUGGCGACGAUGAUGACGAUGGCGUUGAAGAAGAUGCUUAUAAAAAUGAUGCUGAUAACCGACAUGAUGCAACCUCUUACGAUGACGAUGUCCAUGUUGACAGUGAUGAUAAUGAUGACGGUGAUAACAACGAUGACGGUGGUGAUAACGAUAACGGUGAUGAUUAUGAUGGUGGUGGUCUCGGCACUUACGAAGGAAAAAGUAGUUCCAAGGUCAAGGGUCAGAGCAGGAAGAAAAGCCAGCAGAAAAUAAAAAAUAAGCAAUUGAGCACGAAAGGUUCGUACGAUGUCGGUGCUUCGCGCCAUGGAUGGAAGGAUGCAGACGACGGUCAUGAUGACGAUCACGACAGUCCUAAUUAUCAUAACUACGAUGACGUAGCUGCUCCUGUGAAUGACUGCAAUGAUCAUGAUGAUGAUGGUUGUGCAGACGGAAGUGAUGAUGACGAUGGAGCUAUGUACUACGGAUUGAAAGUUUUAAUUGUGGAGCAUGCUGCUGUUGAUGUCCACCACCAUGCUACCUCGUUGAAGAGAAUUUUAACGGGAAGAUGCAGUGGAAAAAAUGGACAAAACAAAAAAACCAGCAAUCGAAAUUUAUUUUCAAGUCCUAUGGACAGUUCAAGGUUUGAAAAAAAUGUUAACGACCAGCUUGUAAUUGACGUUGAAGUUGAUAGCAACACUAACGACUCCACCAACAACGUCAUCAAAAACAUACCAAACAACAUCUCUAACUUCAUUCACAACGAAGAACGCAGACAACAACAACCACUGCUCAAACACAAACCUUUCAAUUAUUCUCACUCUACUCCUCUCUCACGACAACAAAAUCCCCACCACAAAACUACUUUUGCACGUUUUCAAAGACAACAACAAGCAACAAACAACAAAAACUUCAAAAUCUUCUACCCACAGUCUAAUGAUUUCUUAGCAACCUGGAAACAUCUGUACGUUUACAACUCUUCUGAUCAGUCUCUUUAUGAGAUGACCUUACAGAAAUAUCACGACGACGAAACAUUUGCAACAACGCAAAUAAUUCAAAAUGAUAACAACAAAAUUUUCGAUAAGUACGACGAAGACGAGAGGAAUGACAGUCCCCAUCGUAAGGUUGUCACCAAACUGAAAAACCUGGAGGUCAGUGAUGGAAUAAAGAAAGUGCUGGACUUUUCCGAGCACGCGUGCAUCCCAAGCCAACUGCACCACAUCAUCUUCGGCGGGAAAAUAUUGGUGGAAUGUUUGGAAGUGGAGAACCUGCCGUUGUUCGCUAGCCUUAAACAGAAUCAGCAACCUGAAAGUUUCGAAGAAGAAUAUUCAACUGAAAAUGCAAACAAAUCCACCAACACAUUCAAAGAGAGACAACAACACAAACGUAAACAUCAACAACGACACACACACGCAAGAACUCGUUACAAAUACCUCUCAUAUGACGUCAUAACCCAGCAGGCGGAUGAUCUGACGUCAACGAUGCUUCAGAGUUCAGGCUACCAACUGUCGCCAGAUUGUCGUCUGCUGGUCGGACUGUCGGAUGACAUGUCGAGUUUCAUCGCUUAUCGCGUGACGAUGAAUGACCUUAAGAAAUGCACGCCCCAUAAUUUACAAAUGUUUGCGUAUGCUAAUGCCGGCAGCCAGUACAAGUUCAUCAAGCAAACUUCAAGAACACUGAAUGAAGUCGUCCACACGGCCGUCAUGAACUUCGUGAUGACGAGCAUGGCGUUCGUUCGAUCGAGCAGAAGUAACAACGUGCAAAACCAUCUGAACAACUUGCAGACCGACGAUGACAAAUACGAACACGCCAUCCACGAAGAUGUUCCAACUCAAUAUGACGUGGUGGUCAGCUGUGCCGGCGAGGAGAUGUUGAAGUUUCAAAUGGACAGUCCUGACGUCACCAUCAUAUCGAAGUCAUUCAAGCGUGGCACGAGCAGCCAGGAGAAAUCUCAAAACAAGGAAGAACUGUCAUUGGACAGCGGAGACCAUGGCAACUUUAUAAUGAGGUCAUUAAAAAACGGCGGUCUAUCAGUAGUUGACCUCGGCAGAGAAGUCAUCAAAUGCAACUGGCCGAACAUCAAAAUCGAUCACUACGUAUGGGUUACUUCGAAUUAUUUCUAA